CGUAUCCCCACCGUCAAUACCACGGCGUCCAGGAUGUGAACAAAGCUGGAGGUCAGUUCUCUCCCAUGUCUCUUGCCUCCUCAUUCUGGGAUACUUUAGAAUGUUCCUGAAGAAUGUUCCUCCGGUCGUGGCAGUUCACACAGAAUGGAGGUCCUGUACCCCCAAUAAAAGCUACAGUCUGCCGCUCUACUUCAAUGACAGCGCAUCUGACACCGAUCUUGCUUCCACCACCACUGGCACGCCCAUCCGACAAAAGGUCCAGAUGAUCAUCGAGAGCCUCAGGAGCACGCAGUCCUCCAUUGAAAUGAGUGACGAGGCACAGACAGACAGAACUGGGCAGUCUAGUCAUGAGUUGUCCAGACAGCCAACCCACAAGGGUAAGGUACAACACCUAGACCUUGUAGGAAGGUCAAAUACAGGGACUACUGACAAGAACGCUCAAGUGAAGGGUUCAGACCUUGAUCUGGACAGCCAAGAUUCAGAUAGUGAUGAUUCGGUUGACAGAGGGAUUGAAGAGGCAAUACAGGAAUAUUUGAGGGAGAAGGUAGAUCACAAACGCAAAGCAGAGCCAUCAGCAUCAAGUCCUUCACGAGCGCCCAAAAUUCUGCGGAAUGAUCCAGGGGUUUCAGAAAAUCUCAAACAGCAACAACAGUCUGAUAGCAAUAAGUUACUCACUGCCAGCAACCAUGUCCAGAAGAGUGUAAAAGCAGGGGCACAGCCCUCUGCAACGCUGAAAAAACAUGUCAAGAAAAAGAAGCUGAGCAAAGAGAACCCCUUAAAGAAGACAGACAUCAGCAAACCUUUAGCUGCAAGUGCUCUUCCAUCCUCUGGACUCAAAAAAGCUUCUUCUGGUUUUUCUCCUCCUAAAGACAGACCUCAGCCUCUCAGCAUGUUGAAAGUGGAGGAGGAGCCUUUGGACUCAAGUAGUGAUGAUGGCAUUGAAGAGGCAAUCCAGAAGUACCAACAGGAGAAAAAAGAGAGGCAUGAAAGUGAAAAGGAGGUUCCCAAACUCCCUCAACUCAAAGAGGAAUCAGACUCCAGCAGUGAUGAUGGCAUUGAAGAGGCCAUUCGUCGCUUCCAACAAGAAAAGCAAAAACAAAAAAAGAAAAGUCCUCUUAAGCCCUCUCAGCACACAGCAACACAGCAGAGCAAAGCGGUUGUUCUCUCCUCAGGUCGAGCAAGCACACAACCUGUGAAAAAACUCAAAUUGUCCACUAGGAAGAACAACAUUAAGAAGAAGACCACAGAAAAAGAUACGAAAUCAUGCACACCCAAACCGCAUUUUCUCAGUCAUACUUUUAAUAGGUCCCCAUUAGAGGACCUUAGAGGCACAGGAAAUUCUUUGUCCACCUCAAAACCUAAAGAAACCCGCACAGAACAUCAAACCUUCUCCACAUUGAAGGUGAACACUACAGCAGAGUUGAUGUGUGCAGAGGCCAUUCUGGAUAUUUCCAAAACAGUCAUGCCUGUUGCUUUUUCCCACAACUCUUGUCAGAGUGGUACCACUUCAGUGGAGUCCUCAACAUUGAAUCCAGGAGGGCACCUGACACGGCCUGAUGACAAAAGUGAUGAGAGCUCCAUUGACAGUGAGGACGGGAUUGAGCAGGAGAUCCGUAAAUUUCUGGAGCACAAAGCAAAAAUGCACAAACAGCCACCUGUCACAGCCAUACCAGAGGCAAACCCAGCAGAACUUGCUGGUGCUGCAAAGGAACCAGAGAAGACGAAAGUCUGCACACCUCAGAACAAAGCACUUAGACUGUCUCUCUCACGCAAAAGAAAACUUAAAGAGAAGGAUGGCAAGGGCAAGGUUGUUAAAACAGAAAUUACAGAUCACAAAACUGAAGAGGAGCUUCAGAUGAGACCUCUCGCCCAGUGUGGUGUUCCCAAGCCUCAGAUUACAGAGGCCUCAGCUAGUCCACCUGUUAGUUCCAGCGGUAACCCCAUCUCUGCAAAAAGCAGCAAGUCACAACAGAUCUCUGCCUCUCAACGUGACCCAGAACUUUCUCGAGCCAACAACAGAGGUUCCAGUUCCUCCAUGUCCAACUUCCAAAAUGCUUCAAGAACACAGAUUUUUUCAAAGGGAAAGGAACAGACUAGUGAAAAAAGUAGUUCAUUGGAUAGUGAUGAGGAUUUGGAUGCAGCAAUAAAAGAUUUGCUGAAAACGAAGAAAAAAGUAAAAAAGAAAGUGAGAGACAUGAAGCUGAAGGACAGGAAGCCUUCAUAUUUAUCAGCUGUCGACGCUUCAAAGAAACACAAACCUUCCAUAGAGCAGAAGAGUGUAUCCACUUCCAAGGCUCCCAAAUCUAGUCUCAUUAAAAGCAGCAAAGAACCGUCGAACUUUACAAAAACUGACAGAGGGGUGAAAUCCAAAGCCAUGAAAGGCAGCUCAGAACAUCCGCGGAGCAAUAAUAAGAAGGAAAAAGUCUCUGGACAGGCUGGAGAGCCAGAGAAAGCAAAAGGGAAUACAGGAAAGUUUGUUUCGGACAGCCAGUCUGAAGUCUUGCAGAGGUCACCCCAAGACAGUGAAGAUAGCAGUUCAGUGGACAGUGAUGAUAGCAUUGAACAGGAAAUCCGGAGAUUCUUGGCAGAGAAAGCAAAAUUUUCAAUGACUGCAAAGAAACUUGAGCAAGAGGAGGGCGGCCUAAAUAGCACUGUCAAAACUAUUGCCCACAUUACUGAGAAGGACAUUGAAUCUGAAGAUCCAGGGCCAGAAAUGCCCACAAUGUCAUGCAUGGAAGUACUGCAAAACAGCACUGUACAACAGAAGUGCUUUGGCAGGAAGGAGUCAUCUGAGACACCCGCAAACCUACAAAAGACUACAGACAUCCCCGUGUCUACCAACAAGGGCCCAUCUCUGGACAGCUCAUGUCCUAGGGAAACCAGGACCAUGGCAGGAGACAAGAGAACAGAGAUCAAAUUAGAAAGGACCCUGGAAGGAAGUGACCCUUUGAUUGGCAGCUCAGAGACAGGAAAGGAUCAGCCUUCCUCUCAAAGCAGCACUAUAUCUCCCAGCAACACCAAGGGAUCCAGUCCUAACAUGAUACCCCCGACAGGCACAGAAGUUGCCCAAUCCUCUGGUCAGCACCAAAACCUGUUUCUCAUGCUAUGUCCAAGUCCACCCAGUAAACCCAGUGUCUGUGAGGGCAGGGAAACCACCUCACGAGAUAAGGGUGAAGUAUCUACUACCCAACAAAACAAGGGUAGGAUCUCUCUUACUGAGGUUCUCAGUGCUGUAUGUCCCUCACCACCUCCUGUGGUGAAAGUUGCCCAUAGUUUCCAAGAGACCCCAGUGGUUGACAAAGACAGCCGACUCCCUGCCAUAGCCUCCACAAUCAGGACAGAGGGGUUCUACACUCUUAGCAGAGGGAAACAGUGGAGAUGGGACCAGCCCCCCUUACUCUCUACCCCAAACCAAAACCACCUGCCCUCCACCAACCCUCCAUGUCCCUCAGGUGUUCCCCCACACCAGACAGUCCACAUGCACAGGGACCAGGCUGCAUAUGUAGAGCUCUCCACUAACCAGGCCAACUACUUUCAGGUUAGGAGUGUUAAAGAUGGAAAGGGGCAGAGAGAGCAUUCUGCAGAGAAGGGGAGAGACGGAAAGGGUAAUAGGAGAGAGAGGGAGGAAGAUCAGAGAAAAGCAGAAAGAGAGGAGGAAUGUAUAGAUGAGACAGAUUUGGAGUCAGAGGAAGAGAGAAGUGUACAGCAGAGACCAGAUAAGAGGCAGCAGCUCCCUAAUCUGUCUCUGUCCACUUCUAUAGACCCAGGCCAAUUGCCAAGCCCCUAUGUUGCCAUGGAUACAGAACAGAGGAGCCACAAGUACCACCGGAGAAUGGCCCUCAUUCAACAGCAGCAGAGGCAUGAACACUCUUCUUACACCUGA